UUUUAACGUGAAGCUUAGAAAAUGGCAUCUAAAUCUUUUUCUGAGGAGGAUUUUUCUUGUCCUGUGUGCCGUGAUAUUUUUAUGAAUCCUGUUUUGUUGUCUUGUAGUCACAGUAUCUGUAAAGACUGUAUUGAGAGAUUCUGGGAAAGUAAAGGAUCUAAAGAUUGUCCAGUUUGCAGAAGAAGAUCUUCAAGGGAUGAACCUCCAAUAAAUUUAGCUUUGAAGGAACUGUGUGAGACUUUCUUACAGGAGAUAAGUCAGAGAUCUUCAUCAGUUUGUCAUCUUCACGAUGAGAAACUCAAACUCUUCUGUCUGGAUGAUCAACAGCCGGUGUGUUUGGUGUGUCGAGACUCCAGAACUCACAACAACCACAAAUUCUGUCCUGUUGAUGAAGCUGUCAUUGAUAAUAAGGAGAAACUCAAAACUGCAUUAAAACCCUUACAGGAGAAACUGGAAAUAUUUGAGGAGUUUACACAGAAUUUGGAUGAAACUGCAGAACAUAUAAAGAUUCAGGUUGAACGCACAGAGAAGCAGAUUCAUGAAGAGUUUGAGAAACUUCACCAACUUCUACAUGAUGAAGAAUCAGUCAGAAUAACAGCACUGAGAGAGGAAGAGGAGCAGAAGAGUCAGAUGAUGAAGGAGAAGAUUGAGAAGAUGAGCAGUGAGAUUUCAUCUCUUUCACACACAAUCAGAGUCAUAGAGAAGCAGAUGACAGCUGAAGAUGUUUCAUUCCUACAGGACUUUAAGAGCACAAUGGAGAGAGUUCAGUGUAGAACGUCAGAUCCAGAGGACAUCUCAGGAAUGAUGAUCAAUGUAGCAAAACAUCUCAGCAACCUGAAGUUUAAUAUCAUACACAAGAUGAAAGAGAAAGUUGAAUACAUUCCAGUGACUUUGGACCCAAACACUGCUCACUGUCGUCUCUUUCUCUCUGAUGAUCUGUCCAGUGUGAGACGCAGUAAAGAUGCAGCCCUGUGUCCUGAUAAUCCAGAGAGAUUUGAUCUGUUUCCAUGUGUUUUGGGUUCAGAGAGCUUUAACUCAGGGAUUCACUGCUGGGAUGUUCAUGUUGAAGACAACACAUGCUGGGGUUUGGGUGUGAUGACAGAAUCUACAGAGAGAAAGAAUGACUCCGUCACAAGUGGAGUCUGGUAUGUGAAAUAUCUCUCUGGUGAAUACGCUGCAGUCAUUACACCAGAAACAGAUCUUUGUCCCACAGUGAAAUUGAAACUCGAGAGAAUCAGAGUUGAGUUGGAUUAUGAGAGAGGAAAACUGUCAUUCUCUGAUCCUCUCACUAACACACACAUACACACUUUCACACACACAUUUACUGAAAGAGUUUAUCCAUGGUUUGCUGUUGGGUGUAAUAUUUCUCCUCUGGUGAUCUUACCAGUAAAAUCCUCUGAAAAACUCUGAAUCAGGGAUUUAAUUUGAGAUUGAUUUUGUUUAUAAAACAGCUUGAUGUUUUUUGUUGAUGUUUCUUUUAAGAUGAAGUUCAUGAAGUUGUUGUUUUUGUUGACUGUAUUGAUUGUGUUGAGAUCUAAUUGAUUGAGGAUGAAUUUGAGUCUUCACACAACACAACUGAU